GUUCUCAAAGUUUCCCAAACUAGCUCUCACAAGCUCCGACUGCCGAAUUGAGAGAUACUCUCAUACAGAAGUAAAGAUGCCCCCUGAAGACGAGGUCAGAACUUGGACCCGGCAAGUAGGCGGCUUAACCUACACUUGCUCAACCGACCCCGGCCUCAUCCAGCUCGAUGCCGUGAAUGCCGCUUUCGACUCAGAUAUGCUCUAUUGGGCCCAACCACUCGCUCCAGAGGGGCUGAAGCGCUGCGUCGAACAAUCGCUCUGUUUUGGGCUUUACGAGUCUUUGCCCCGUCCCAGCUCAUACGAACAAACAUUCAUAGCUUGCCCCGAUUUGAAAAUGAUCGGCCUUGCGCGGUUGGUCACAGACUACGUCACCUUCGGCUACCUCACCGACGUGUACGUCCUCGCGGAGCAUCAGGGCAAAGGGCUGGGUAGGUGGAUGAUGGAAUGUUUGGACGAGGUCCUCGCGUCAUGGCCCAAACUGCGCCGGUGUCUGCUCUUCACCAGGGACGAGAGCGCGGUGAAGUUGUACAGGGAGACGCUUGGGAUGAGCGACGUGAGCGAAACACCCUCGGCAAAGUUGUUCCUGCUAGAAAGACAUGCGGCAAUGGUGCAGGGAAGGGCAUACAAGCAGGCACGACCAAAAGCGGAGGAUGGUCAGAGGUAG